CUUCCAAGGCACAAGCAGCGAAUCACCGCCAUUAAAGCUGUGAUUCGCUUGCGAAUAAAGAUUAAAAUUUCAAAUUAAAAAAAAAAAAAAGGGAAUAACGACCAAGGAUAUUGAUCGUUAAUUCUAUAACAAUAGCAGUCAUGAAUCGCAAUAUGAUUCUUCUCUUCUUCUUCUUCUUGUCCUUUGCUGUGAUGAUCCCGGCUUUGCACGCCAAUAUUGGGGAAUUUGAUCAAUACUGGCAUCAGAGGGCUAAGGAAGCACAAAAAGCUGCGGAGGAGACAUUCAACCGCAACCCUGAAGAGAUCACUGAGAAUUUCAACAAACAUGUUCAUGCGGUAUUGAAGGGUGUCAAUGGCACAAGGAGAAGUCUUAACAAGUAUAAUGGCGCAUGCAUGGCAACAAACCCCAUAGACCGAUGCUGGAGGUGUCAGCCUGACUGGAUGCAAAAUAGAAAGAAACUAGCAGACUGCGUCCUCGGGUUUGGCCACAAGACCACUGGUGGGAAGCUGGGAAAAUUCUAUGUGGUAACCGAUCCAUCAGACAAUGAUAUUGGGAAACCCAGACCCGGGACUCUUCGUCAUGCUGUGAUCCAGCAGGAGCCAUUGUGGAUCAUCUUCGCACGAUCUAUGACGAUUAAGCUUUCUCAAGAGCUCAUUAUAACUAGUCACAAGACCAUUGAUGCUAGGGGAGCCAAUGUCCAUAUCGCUAAUGGUGCUGGUCUUACCAUCCAAUACGUCCAGAACGUCAUCAUCCAUGGCCUCCAUAUUCAUGACAUUGUUCCAUGCUCGGGUGGCAUGAUCAGAGACUCGAUUAACCACAUUGGCCUUAGAACGAGAAGUGAUGGCGAUGGGAUUUCCAUCUAUGGUGGAGUUAACGUUUGGAUUGACCAUGUUUCCAUGUCCAACUGCGGGGAUGGGCUCAUUGAUGCCAUCAUGGGAUCAACUGGCAUUACCAUCUCCAACGGCCAUUUCACUCACCAUAAUGAUGUGAUGUUGUUUGGAGCAAGUGAUGCCUAUUCCGGUGAUAAGAUAAUGCAAAUUACGGUUGCAUUUAAUCAUUUUGGACAAGGGUUGGUGCAGAGGAUGCCACGAUGCAGAUGGGGAUUCGUACAUGUUGUUAACAACGACUACACUCAUUGGCUCAUGUAUGCCGUUGGUGGUAGCAGUCAUCCCACCAUCAUCAGCCAGGGCAAUCGAUUCAUCGCUCCUCCUAACGCCUAUGCUAAGGAGGUGACCAAGAGAGACUAUGCUCCCGAGAGUCAGUGGAAGAAUUGGCAAUGGAGAUCAGAGGGAGAUCUAAUGAUGAAUGGAGCAUUCUUCGUUCAGUCAGGGUCACCAUUACAAAAUAAACCGUUCCCAAGUGCAGAUAUGAUCAAAGCAAAACCUGGAACUUAUGUCUCUAGACUCACCCGCUUUGCUGGUCCACUUAAUUGCAAACCAAACCAACCUUGUUAACAAAUUUUGUUUUCGUUUGGUUCCUAUUUUCCAUCUUUCUUUCUUCUCUUUUUUCUUUUUGGUUGGGGAUUGUGAUUCAUAGCUAUGAAAGCCUAACAUGGCUGUUACAGCAUUGGAUACUUAGACAGGCAAGAAGAAAAGAAAUUGUUGUUGCUAUUGUUUUUCUUUUUGACAUUUUUGUUGUUUGGCCUUUGCUGGAAAAGGAAAGCAAAGAGCAAUUAUUAUUGUAAGAUUUUUUUUGUCAAUUUUGAAUGGACAAAUUUCAAUUUCAUCAACUCAUUUUGGGUUGUGUUUGGUGA